CAAAUGUCUAGGGCCUCCAAAUUUUAGGGGCCUCUAAUUCUUAGAGUAAGCCUAUAUAUUUAUGUAUAUGUUUUCAAGUUUAAUAGUAAACAAAAGUUCCGAUGGUUCGUUUGGAUAUUACGCUAGUAAGGAGAAUCUGCUUCUAGUGAUGUUACGGGGUCGAUUCUCCAAUCCAUCCUUUUAUUUUUUUGUCAAGAAAAAAAAACGAAGCUGCGAGGAGUUGACUAGACUUUCCGUCUUCAGAGUUGGAAUCCAAAUAGGCAUCCCAGGCUUGAGGGUGAAAUAAUACAUGGUAUUGUAAAGAGGCCAGUGUUCAAAUCCAAGGUAAAAGAAAACAUCAGUGAUGUCUUGCUCUAUAGUUACAGCCCCAAAGAUAUGUAAAGAAUUUUUAUUCACAGAGCUAGACUAAUGGUAAUAAAUUAAAACGAUAUGCAGAAAGCAUUAAAAAAGAACAAUAAACAUGUGAGAUGUGAGUACAUAUAAUUACAAUAUAAAGCAUACCGAGUAUUUGCUUUCAUUGACUUCUACAGGAUAUGUAGUUGUGAACAUUAAGAUGAAGAAGCUAACCAAAACUACCAUCAUGAACCGUAAAAGAGAGUCAAAGAGAUUGUUGAUCAAGAUGCAUAGCUUCUGAGAAUCAAGUGAGUAUCAAGUGUGAUCUUCUAACAUUUGGUAUCAGAGCUUGGUGGAUCCUGAAUCAUGUCAAGAGAUACUGGUGGUACUCACAAUGAUGAAGGGCAGUCACAAGAGAAAGGUGACAUCAUUGCACUCAAAUAUCCCAUGCUCACAAAAAGUAAUUAUGCUGCAUGGGCUAUUAAGAUGGAGGUUUACAUGAUGGCACAAGGAGUAUGGGAAGCCAUUGAAACUGAGGGUGUUGUUGAAACACGAAAGGAUAAAAUGGCUCUUGCAGUCAUAUACCAAGGUAUUAGUGAAGAUACCUUGCUUCAACUUGGUGCAAAGAGGACAGCAAAGGAGGCUUGGUCCAUGCUUAAAACAAUGAACCUGGGGGCUGAAAAAGUAAAGGAAGUAAGAACUCAGUCCUUAUGGAGAGAAUUUGAGGCAAUGAAAAUGUCUAAUGAAGAUAGUGUGGAUGACUAUGCUAGUAAACUACAGAUUGUAGUUACUAAGUUGAGGGGACUUGGAAAUGAAGUGAAGGAAGAAAAAAUUGUGAAGAAAUUACUCAGAUCAGCAUCACCCAAGUUCCUGCAGAUAGCAUCUACAAUUGAGGAGUUUGGAGACUUAAAAACCAAAACCAGUGAAGAGAUCAUUGGAUCACUCAAGGCACAUGAAGAAAGGUUUCAGAGUGUUGAAACAAAAACUGAAGAAACUGUCUUGCUAACCCAGGCAGAGUGGAAAGCAAGAGAGGAGAAACAUGCCAAGGAUGUCUCUAGGGAUUUCAGGAGUAAUAGAGGAGGACGUGGUAGAGGACGUGGAAGAGGCUACAACACUUCUCACAAAAGAGAAGAAGAGCCAAUGCAAAAGAGGAAAUUUGAUAAGUCUAAGAUCAAAUGCUAUAAUUGUGGAAAGAUGGGGCAUUUUGCCUCAGAAUGCACUACAGAAGAGAAAGAGGAUCAUGCUAAUUUCAUGAAGGAGGAGGAUUUUGAAGAACCUGCAUUGCUGAUGAUAGAGACAUGUGAGUUAAAUCAAACUCAACCUCUGCAAGAAAAUACACAUGAAUUAAAGAGAAAUGAGGCAAGCUGGUACUUGGAUACCGGUGCAAGCAACCAUAUGACUGGAGACAAAGGAUGUUUCACAAGUAUUGACUCUUCAGUAAAUGGAAAGGUAAGGUUUGGAGAUGGAUCUGUAAUAGAUAUACAUGGUUUAGGAUCAAUACUUUUCCAAUGCAAAAAUGGAGAGCAUUUGGUCCUAACAAAUGUAUACUAUAUACCUAAACUGAAGAGCAAUAUUAUUAGCCUUGGUCAACUUAGUGAGAAUGGGAGCCGGGUGGUUAUAGAAAAGGGAGUGAUGAGAGUCUAUGAUAGUCAUAGUAGGCUCAUCAUCAGAGUUGAGAGACAAAACAACAAGUUGUUCACUGUAAGACUGCAAAUUGCAGAGAAAAUCUGCUUGCUUAUGAACAUUGAAGACAAAUCCUGGCUUUGGCAUGCAAGAUUUGGGCACUUGAACUUUCAAGCACUCAAAAGACUCUCAACCUUCAAAAUGGUGGAAGGCCUGCCUGAGAUCAGUCAUGUAAAUCAAGUGUGUGAUGGUUGUGCUGUAGGGAAGAUGCACAGAACUACAUUUCCAAACAAGACCUCUUUCAGAGCAAAGAAAGCAUUGGAGUUGAUCCAUGGAGACCUGUGUGGGCCUAUCACACCCUCCACACCUGCAGGUAACAAGUAUUUCCUAUUACUUGUUGAUGAUUACUCUAGAUACAUGUGGAUUACUCUUCUGGCCUCAAAGAGUGAGGCAUUAGAGAAGUUCAAGAGAUUUAAGGCAUUGAUUGAAAAUGAAGUGUUGGUCCCGAUUAAUAUGGUAAUCAGUCUAGAGGGGGGGGUGAAUAGACUGAUUGGUUUUUCAAAUUUUCUCUAAGUCCAAAAUGACUUAUCAGAGAAUGUCUGAUUCUGGUGAUAGAGAAAGGCUGGUUCUGAUAUCAGAACUGGCCUUGGCAGCGGAUUCUGAUCUGUCCGGGUAGCCUCAGAAACACUAAGGCAAAUGCCUUUCUGAUAACUCUGAAAACAAGAUCUGCUGAACACAGAUUCCAAGUCUUAGAGUUAAUCAGUUAAUGUCCUAAGUGCAGAAUUAUAAAUUGCAGUAAAGUAAAUGACACCGGAUAUUUUUAUAGUGGUUCAAGGAACAACGCGUUCCUCUAGUCCACUGUUCCACUAGCUUUGAAGUAGAUCGGUUACAAAGCUAAUUCCUAGCACUUAAGAAGCACUCCUUGUCUUCUUCAAGUCUAGAUGCCACCCAGGAUGCAAUUCCACGUCCUGAUGGCUGGUCCUUUCACUCAGCUUCCCGGAAGUAUCACCACUUCACUACUGCAGUUAUUUGGACGCCCUUCUUUUCAGAAGAUCCUUUGAAAAACAAAGGUUUUCCUCCAACUAGCUUCGUCACAAAUGAUGUUUGAUGAAGUUCUUGAAGAGUUGAAGAACAGGAUGAACUUCGCUCGUUGUUGGGGAUGAAAGAUUUGGAGUUUGAAUCUUCCCAACGUAGGACUUUUCUUGUAGAGUGUUAUGAAGUUUGAAUCUCAAGAAGUAUGUUCAGUGAAUGGAGCAAAAGUUUUUAGCAGAGUUCUCUACUUUUCUGUUCUUCGGUGUGUAGCUUAUAUACUGAGGUUGUCUGCCCGUUGGAGGAGGAGACAACUGCAUUAAAU